AUUCCCCGCCUUUUCUUCCCCACUCCACUCAUCCACACAACCUCUCUCUCUCUCUCUCUCUCCCCAAGGAUCCAAGCUCCAACUGGACUGUCCUGCUUCGGCGCUAUUGUGCACUGUGCACAGCCAGCGACAGCAGAGUCUAUCCUGUGAGCACUGAGCAGCAGCAGCAGCAGCAAUGGAGAGGCCUGCGCAGGCGCCCAGGCAGCUGCCGCCUGGGUUCCGGUUCCACCCCACCGACGAGGAGCUGGUGGUGCAGUACCUCCGCCGGAAGGCCCUGUCCCGCCCGCUGCCGGCCGCCGUCAUCCCCGUCGUCCACGACGGCGCCAGGCUGGAUCCAUGGGACCUCCCUGGAGCGAGCGAAGGGGAGGGGUACUUCUUCAGCCUGCGUCGAGCGCCGGCGAUGGGCCGCGGCGGCGGCCGCAGGAGGAGAGCUGGCAGCGGGUACUGGAAGGCCACGGGGAAGGAGAAGCCUGUGUUCCUGCAGUGCGGCGGCAAGCGGCAGCUGCUCGUGGGCGUCAAGACGGCGCUCGCCUUCCAUCGCAGCGAGCCGUCGUCGUCGCGGACCGGUUGGGUCAUGCACGAGUACCGGCUCGCCGUGCCCGGCGGCGCGGCCGAGCAGAGGAAGAAUGCAAGCCAUGACUGCGUUGUUGAGCCGGGAGGAGAGUGGGUCGUGUGCCGGGUCUUUCUGAAGAACAGACCAAGAAGCAGGCCGAACAGGGAUGUCGACGGCAAAAAUCCGGGAAACCGCGCCUCCACUGCACACCGCGCGGCGCCGCUGCAGCACCGGGGAGAUGCCGAACGGCAGCAGCCGUCGUCUUCAAGCUGUGUCACCGGUGUUACCGACAUUUCGGACCAAGACGAAGUCAGCAGCAGCACUAUCAGAGAUGCCCCGGCUGCCUCCCAAAGAGAGGACUAGGCAUGAUGGAUUUUAAGUUUUUGUUUCCUCCCUCUCUUUCUCUUGCUCCGUUGUCGCCUGUACUUUUCCUUGGUACCGUAUAGUGAUGAGUCAAGCAUCAGGUAAUUAGGUGUAAGGCAAGUCCAGCUCAAGAAUGUAUCCAAGGUUAUCAAACAGCUGCCACAUCGGUAUCAGUUGGAACUUGUAAGAUUGGGUAACCUGAACUAAUCAGGAGCAGUAGUUGCUACUACGGUUCAGCUGCGGUUUGAAUUCCCUACAGAACUUAGACAGGAGCUGCAAUGGCCCACUGGUGUGUAAGAAUGCAGCUAACUAGUUGAAUUCCCUUGUACGUUGCUGCAGGAAUUUGAGGAAUAAGUUUAUAUAAGUAAA